GUUCUACAAAGCGAUGCAAUACCAUCAUAGCCAGGUAGAAUUUGUAAGCCUUCUAAAUGUAAUAGUCGGUAGUUUUUAGGAUCAUGUAACUAUAGAACUAGAUCACUAUUAGAGGUUUGUGAGGUCAUGUGACCUCGACUAUCAUCUCAAGGUUUUUUGUCGCAAAAAGUCCCAACGCCCAAGAAACUUUCAAAAUUUUCUUUCCGAGCCAUAUUUACAACCGUCUAAUAGAACAGCUACUCGAGCUACAGACGCAAAUUUUCUUCUUUUUCUGCUAAGCAAGAGGUCAGCGCAGGAAGACUAGACAUUUAUCAUGGCAUCUUUAUAUAAAGCGCUUUCGGGUACCAAGCGACGUCGCGGAGAGGGUGAGGAGAAUGGCACUUCUGCGUUCACUGAAGUGGUCAAGAAUCGUCAGCGCGUUCUUCUUCUUUCGUCCCGUGGAGUUACAUACCGACAGCGUCAUUUGAUCAACGAUCUGGCGGUUAUGCUGCCACACGCAAAGAAGGACUCCAAAUUUGAUUCAAAGUCCAAGCUCUUCCUUCUCAACGAACUGUCUGAUCUCUACAACUGCAACAACGUUCUCUACUUUGAGUCCCGCAAGCACCAAGAUCUCUACAUGUACCUCGCCAAGACACCCAACGGACCGACGGCCAAGUUCCAUAUCCAGAACAUGCACACGAUGGCCGAGCUGAAUUUCACGGGAAACUGUCUCAAGGGAUCGCGGCCGCUGCUCUCGUUUGGCAAAGAAUUUGACGGGUCAGCGCAUUACAGACUGGUCAAGGAAUUGCUUGUUCACAUCUUUGGCGUGCCAAAGACGUCUCGUAAGGCGAAGCCUUUCGUCGACCACGUCCUCGCGUUCUCGAUCGCGGACGGCAAGAUCUGGUUCAGAAACUACCAGAUCGCCGAGUCUAUCGAUACGACUUCAGACAACAAGGUGGAAGAAGAAGGAGCGGAGGACAAGGGCAAGAAGAGCAAGAAGCUUGCGGUUUCGCUGGUUGAGAUCGGUCCCCGAUUCGUUAUGACGCUGAUUUCAGUCAUCGAAGGCAGUUUCUCUGGCCCCUUGAUUUACGAAAACAAGGAGUUUAUCUCCCCCAACGCUGUGCGCUCAGAGGUCAGACGAGGCAAGACUGCGCUCAAGAUCAAACGACAGGAGAAAGAGGAGAUGAAGAAGGUCGCCAAGGUCGUCAAGGCCAGGGAGAAACGGGAGAAGGGCGCCGAUCCUCUGGCAGAGAGCGUGUUGUUUGGCUAAGUUUUCUUUUUGUUUUUCUCCGGUAGGAUAUGUACGAUAGUUACAAAUUACACAAUUGACAGAAU